AUGUUAUUGAAUAAAUUAUAUAUCUUUAUUUAUCUUAUCUUAUUUGGUUUACAUCAUUUAAAUGCAGACAAAUUACCGCCUAAAAAUGCCAUCUUACUUUUGGCUGAUGAUGGCGGAUUUGAAAUGCGAUCCUAUUUAAAUAAAAUUUGUCAAACACCUAAUCUGGAUUAUUUGGCAAAAGAAAGUUUAUUAUUUAACAAUGCAUUUACUUCGGUCAGCAGUUGUUCUCCCAGCCGUUCUUCUUUACUCACUGGAUUACCCAGUCAUCAAAAUGGAAUGUACGGUCUUCAUCAUGGAAUUCAUCAUUUCAAUUCAUUUGAUAAUGUUCAGAGUCUACCAAAAAUGUUAAAGAACAAUAAUAUAAGAACAGGUAUCAUUGGUAAAAAACAUGUGGGACCAAGCAGUGUAUAUCCAUUUGACUUUGCGCAAACAGAAGAAAAUAAUUCCAUACUUCAAGUUGGUCGAAAUAUUACAAAAAUUAAGCUCUUAGUAAGAGAAUUCCUCUCUCAGAAUAAAAGCCAACCUUUCUUUUUAUACAUUGGAUUUCAUGACCCCCAUCGAUGUGGUCACAGACAUCCGGAAUAUGGAAGCUUUUGUGAAAAAUUUGGUAAUGGAGAUAUUGGUAUGGGUAGUAUACCUGAUUGGCAUCCAAUAUAUUAUCAAUGGGAACAGGUAAAAGUUCCUUAUUUUGUUCAAAAUACAGAAGCUGCAAGGCGAGAUAUUGCUGCUCAAUACACAACUAUUUCUCGUUUGGAUCAAGGUGUAGGUUUAGUUCUGAAGGAACUGGAGAAUGCUGGUUUUAAAGACAACACUCUAGUGAUCUACACAUCUGAUAAUGGUAUACCAUUUCCAAACGGUCGAACGAAUUUAUAUGAACCAGGAUUAGCAGAGCCUAUGAUGAUCAGAUCACCAAUUCCUAAUCAUAGGAGAAAUAGUGUGACAUAUAGUUUAACAUCCUUAUUAGAUAUUGUACCAACAUUAUUAGAUUGGUUUAACAUACCAUACAUGAAUCAAUCCCAUGCUUCAUUUAAUGCAAAUAAAGUAUCUGCUCCUCGUUUAACAGGAAAAUCACUUCUUCCGCUUCUUGUUGAAGAGCCUGUAGAAAAUAAUACAAGUGUUUUUGGCAGUCAAACACAUCAUGAAAUUACUAUGUACUAUCCCAUGCGUGCUAUUAGAACUAAAAGAUACAAGCUCAUACACAACAUAAAUUACAAAAUGCCAUUUCCUAUUGAUCAGGAUUUCUAUGUAUCACCAACCUUCCAGGAUAUUUUAAAUAGAACUAGAAACAAUCAACCACUUCCAUGGUACAAAACAUUAGGAAUCUAUUAUGAGAGACCUGAAUGGGAAUUAUAUGACUUGAAAUAUGAUCCAGAAGAAACAAACAAUAUUGUCUUUAACUCAACUGCAAAGCAAAUAUUUAUAGAUUUAAAAGAAAGAUUAUUUAAGUGGCAGAAAAUGACCAAUGAUCCAUGGCUUUGCGCACCGAGCGGCGUUCUCAAUGAUAUUGGAACUGCGAAUGCUCAGUGUAUGCCACUACAAAAUUUUAUUUAAAAACAAUUUAUGAUAAACUUUUUUUAUGAUGAUAUUAAAAAACCUGAAAUACUCAUAUUUAUAAACAUUUUGAUACAAUUACGAUAUUAAAAAAUAUACAAUUUUU